AUGUCCCAUAGGGACGAAGUCACUGCUGACCUCUCAGCCGUCAGGGUAGAAGUUCAAGAGGUGAAAGGCCAGCUCUCCUCUCUGCAAAUGGUUGUUCAAGCCAAUGCUGAGGCCAUUGCUGCUCUAACGAGCAAGGCCGAUGAAGCACACACUCAGUUUUUCCAGCAAGCGGAGCUAAUGCAGCAAGUCAUGGUUGCUCUCUGUCAACCAGCUCUAGUGCCUCCUCUUUCUUUUACCGUUGAUGACUGUGUCCAACUUUAUGAAGCGCCUGAGGAAGUUGAUGUCGUCCGAGCUGAAGCCUGCGACGAUGACCUUCCCAUCACCUUUGUAGCUAAUGUUGGUGAUGUGGAAGAAGACAAUGAAGAUGAUGAUGAUGAAGAAGGUGAAUCUCCCGACCUCCCUGACUCUGGCAGCAACCUAGAUGACAAUGACGAUGAUCAUGACGACAAAGACGACGUCGCCAUCCAGUUCCAAGGUCCUUCUACUGCCACCAAAGGUGUCGCCCUCAAGGAUUACGCAUCCUAG